GUUGAGUUCUUUAUGAAGUGGUAACUACGUGGUAGUGUCCUACCAUACGCGGAUAAAGAAAAUGGCGUCGAAAGCUUCACGGCUGGCAAACAUCUCCCAGCAUGUCAAAGAAUUGAGACUGCAUCUUUGUCAGAAGUCUGCUUCCAGUACUGGAACUAGGAACUUCAUUGAAAAGUAUUAUGUUGAAAUGAAGCGAAAUAAUCCAACAUUACCAAUUCUUAUACGGGAAUGUAGUGGAGUUCAUCCAAGGCUGAUAGCAAGAUAUGAGCAUGGUGUCGAGAAGAGCGUGCCAUUAGCUGACCAAACUGCAGAACAAGUACUAUCAAGUUUAGAUACGCUAGUAAAAAACAGUUAAAUACCUUUCUGUAAAUAAUUAGUUUUGUGUGUGUACAAAAAUUAAAUGAAAAAGUCGUU